GAUGGUAUCAUAUCGAUAGUACACAACAAAAACAUUUCUCCGAUCUCGCCGCUAUAACGACGACUUUAAAAUACAUUUUCGUGGAUUCCAGAAGGAUGGCGGGGCCCGUGCUCCUGCCGCGCAUGACGCGCUCCUUACGAGCGUUCACUCAGCUGGAACCUCCCCGGGACCUAUCAUGCACUGUAGAUGAUUUACAAUGGCAAACUGAGUGGAACAAGGAACAGCUCAUGAGGGGUAUUUCAUGGUCCGAUGUUGUUCAUGUUGUUGGAAAAAACACCUCAAAGUCUAACAAUAUACUGGAAUGUCUUCAGAAGCUACGUUUGCAAACAGAGAAGCUCAUGGGAGAUCAAAGCAAGUCAGUGAUUGAUGAUACUACCCUGUUUGUUUUUUUCUUGUUCUUGUCUGAGAACAGAGUUGUUAGUCAAAAGCAGUUGCACAGCCUGAAAGGCAUGUUUGGCGUUAUCUCAAAUAAUGCUGCUGACUCAAUGAGAAAGCUCGUAAAGGAAAUAUUAGAUGAUCUGUCUUAUGGAGUCUUAGAAAGUCUGAACAGUCUUGCAUCUAAACAUGCCAAGGAUAAACUGCAAACCGAUAAACUACCUACAACUUUCAGCUGUGCAUUCAGCUCACAAGUUCAAUACAUUCCUCAAAAACCCUGGGAACCUGACACCAGUGCCUUAGCCGAUUUGACUGACUCUGUUGCAACUGGUGGAGAAUCAGUUGCAGCUAAAGAAUUCACCAUGAGGUAUGAAGGUGCCACUUCAGGUCCUUCAGUGGCAGAAAAUCGUGGUGUUAAGAAAGGCUUGUAUGGGAUGACAUGGAUGGAAAAUGAAGUAAAAAAAUAUUACAGUGAUUCAAACCCAUGUGGGUUAUCAUGCAGAGAAUUUUGUGAGUCCAUUUUAACUUUAUUGAAGACUGAAAAGGGAAAUGAUGAGCUCCAAAAUGAGCUCUUUGACUUAAUGGGCUUUGACCGAUUUGAGCUGAUCCAGACUUUUCUUGAGCGUCGGCGUGAUAUUGUGCAAGGUGUAAAUGUUGAAAAAGAGAAAAAAAAUCUUGUGUCCAAAGCAGGUAACUUGUCAGCAAUAGAAAACGCUCGUGCUCCUUCAUUUGGUUGUCAAGUUGUUGUUCAGUCCCAAAUGGAGAAACAUCUGCAGAAAAUAGCACGUAAAGAAGAAAAGCGUAUUCACAAAGUACUAGGAAAACUUGAUCUUGAUGAAGAAGAUGAGGAUGAAUUUAACCCAGUAGAGCUACGUGCCAAAAGGCAAGCAGCCUUGAAAGCUGCUGCUACAAUGCCUGUACUAAAUAAGGAGCCUUUAAGACAAGCUCUUCAACCUCGUCCAAAGUAUCCCAAUGUUUAUGACUCUCAGAGCCAGGCAAAACAAUCUUCAGGCUUUAUCUCUGGCACAAAAAUAAUCUUGCCUGAAGGGGUUAUUCGUCAUGACAAUAAAUCUUAUGAGGAAGUUUCCAUUCCAAUAUCGGAACCUGCUCCACUCAAUGUUGGCAAUCAAAGAGUGGCUAUUUCAUCUCUAGAUAAUAUUGGGCAGAUGGCAUUCCAGGGUGUUAAGAGUCUGAAUCGCAUUCAGUCAGUUGUAUUUGACCUGGCUUAUCAUAGUAAUGAAAAUUUAUUAAUCUGUGCUCCAACAGGAGCAGGUAAAACAAAUGUAGCUAUGCUUACUGUUGUACAUCAAAUUCGUCAACACAUAGAGAAAGGUGUCAUCCUAAAUGAUCAGUUCAAGAUUGUUUAUGUUGCUCCAAUGAAGGCAUUAGCUGCUGAAAUGACUGCUAGUUUUGGUAAACGUCUCAGCCCUCUUGGCAUAUCUGUGCGUGAGUUGACUGGUGAUAUGCAGCUAACUAAAUCUGAGAUAAUGAAAACCCAGAUGCUGGUUACAACUCCUGAAAAAUGGGAUGUAGUCACCAGAAAAGGGACUGGUGAUGUAGCACUGACUAAUUUAGUGAAACUAUUAAUAAUUGAUGAAGUUCACUUGCUACAUGGUGAUCGAGGGCCUGUUGUUGAAGCUCUUGUAGCCAGAACAUUGCGCCAAGUUGAAAGUUCUCAAAAGAUGAUUAGAAUCGUGGGUCUAUCUGCUACAUUGCCAAAUUAUAUAGAUGUUGCUAGGUUUUUACGGGUAAACCCAUUUUCUGGUCUCUUUUUCUUUGACUCUCGCUUCCGCCCUGUCCCUCUCAGCCAGACAUUUAUUGGUGUGAAAGCUGUGAAGCCUAUGGCUCAGAUGCAGGAAAUGGACAAUGUGUGUUAUGAGAAGGUUGUCGACCUUGUCCAGAAGGGACACCAGGUUAUGGUUUUUGUGCAUGCACGCAAUGCAACUGUUCGCACAGCAAAUGUGUUGAAAGAGAUGGCACUGCAGAAAGGUCAGCUCAAGUUCUUUGAAGUUGAGGAAUGCAGCUCUCUUGGUCUGGCUAGGAAUGCACUGAGUCGAUCCCGCAACAAGCAUCUGGCUGAAUUGUUCCAAUGUGGCUUUUCUGUACAUCAUGCUGGAAUGCUGCGCUCUGACCGAUCGCUAGUUGAGAAAUACUUUGGUGAAGGAUUCAUCAAAGUUUUAGUUUGCACCUCCACCUUGGCUUGGGGUGUUAAUCUACCAGCACACGGAGUUGUGAUUCGGGGAACUGAGAUUUAUGAUGCUAAACAUGGUUCAUUUGUUGAUUUGGGUAUAUUGGAUGUACUGCAGAUAUUUGGUCGAGCUGGUCGUCCACAAUUUGACAAAUCUGGAACAGGCAUCAUUAUAACAUCACAUGACAAACUUAGUCACUAUUUGUCCCUCUUGACAAACCAAUUUCCCAUUGAGAGUAAUUUUAUCAAGUUUCUUGCUGACAAUUUGAAUGCAGAAGUCACAUUGGGAACAAUAAGCAAUGUGGAUGAAGCUGUUGAGUGGUUGAGUUACACUUACCUUUUUGUAAGGAUGCGGAUCAAUCCUCAAGUUUAUGGUUUGAAUUAUCAAGAUGUUGUGAAUGAUUCCCUUUUGGAAGAAAAAAGAAGGGAUCUUAUUAAGGCUGCUGCAAAGGCGUUAGACAAAGCAAGAAUGUUAAGUUAUAAUGAACGAACCGGGGAUCUUCGUGUGACAGAUUUGGGUCGCACGGCUAGUCAUUUCUAUGUCAAGUAUGACACAGUGGAAAUAUUCAAUGAUUUAAUGAAACCGGUGAUGAAUGAAGCAGAGAUCCUAGCAAUGAUAUCUCACUCUCAAGAGUUUGAGCAGUUAAAGGUCAGAGAUGAUGAAUUAGAUGAAUUGGAUGGACUUACAGCUGAUUACUGUUUCGUGCCAGUGCAAGGGGGAAGUGAAAACCUUCAUGGCAAAGUUAAUAUCUUAUUACAAACAUACCUGUCCCGAGGGCGAAUCAAUAGUUUUUCUCUUGUGUCUGACCAAGCUUACGUGUCUCAGAACGCAGUUCGUAUUGCCCGUGCGCUCUUUGACAUUGUCAUACGACAAAACAACCCUAUCAUGGCUGGGCGCUUUUUGAUGAUGAGUAAAAUGUUUGACCUUCAGUUAUGGGAUUUCCAAAGUCCUAUGAGACAGUUUCAUAUUAUUAGUCCUGAUCUUCAAGAAAAGCUUGAAGAGAAAAAACUAACUGUGGAAAAAUUAAGAGACAUGGAUGCUAAAGAAAUUGGUUCCUUCCUUCGUCUUCCCAGAAUGGGUCCAGUUGUUAAGAGAUGUGCAGAGGAAUUUCCAUUGCUUGAAAUGAGUGCAUCACUACAUCCCAUCACCCGCACUGUUCUUCGUAUAAGAUUAAAAAUUAAAUCAAAUUUCAGGUGGAAUGAUAAAGUCCAUGGCAAAACUUCAGAAGCAUUUUGGGUGUGGGUGGAAGAUCCAGAAACAAACCACAUGUACCAUUAUGAAUAUUUCCUCAUUACAAAGAAGCAGGUUUUCAACCGUGAAGAGCAAGAACUUGUAAUGACAAUACCUUUGCAAGACCCCUUACCGCCGCAGUACUAUGUGCGAGCCACUAGUGACCGCUGGCUUGGCUCUCAAUCUUAUCUUGAGCUUUCUUUCCGCCACCUUAUUCGUCCUGAGAGUCACCCUCCUCACACAGAUCUCCUUGAGCUACAGCCUCUUCCAGUUACAGCCUUAGGAGAAACUCAAUAUGAGAUGUUGUACAAGUUUUCACACUUCAACCCAAUCCAAACGCAAAUUUUCCACUGUCUGUACCACACUGAUAAUAAUGUACUUUUGGGAGCACCCACAGGUUCAGGUAAAACAAUAGCAGCUGAGAUUGCUAUGUUUAGAGUCUUCAAGGAAUAUCCUGGAAGAAAGGUGGUUUACAUAGCACCCUUGAAAGCAUUAGUAAGAGAGAGAAUUGGAGACUGGAAGGUGAGACUUGAAGGAAAACUCAACAAGAAAGUUGUAGAAUUAACUGGUGAUGUUUCACCUGACGUGCGAGCUAUAAUGGCUGCAGAUGUAAUUGUAACCACUCCAGAGAAAUGGGAUGGAAUUUCUCGAUCUUGGCAAACUAGGAAUUAUGUGCGAGACGUUGCUCUCAUAGUAAUUGAUGAAAUUCACCUCUUGGGAGAAGACCGUGGUCCAGUCUUGGAGGUCAUUGUAUCUCGUACAAAUUUUAUUGCCUCUCACACAACAAGAACUUUGCGUAUUAUUGGUCUGUCCACUGCUCUUGCCAACGCACGUGAUCUUGCUAAUUGGCUUGGUAUAGGAGAGAUGGGAUUAUAUAAUUUUAGGCCAUCUGUCAGACCUGUUCCUCUAGAAGUUCAUAUUGCUGGAUUCCCAGGAAAACAUUACUGUCCAAGAAUGGCCACAAUGAAUCGUCCUACAUUCCAGGCAAUCAGGCAGCAUUCUCCUUGUCAGCCAGUGCUGGUAUUCGUGUCCUCCAGACGUCAAACUAGACUUACUGCAUUGGAUCUGAUUGCUUAUUUGGCUGGAGAAGAUGACCAGAAGCAGUGGUUACAUGCUGAUGAGACAGAGAUGGAACAAAUUAUUUCUGGUAUAAAGGACUCAAAUUUGAAACUCACCCUUGCUUUCGGUAUUGGUAUUCAUCAUGCAGGUCUUCAAGAUAGAGAUCGGCGUACGGUGGAAGAACUCUUUGUGAACCGCAAAAUACAGGUUUUGAUUGCUACAGCAACCCUGGCCUGGGGUGUGAAUUUCCCAGCUCAUAUGGUGGUUGUGAAAGGCACUGAAUAUUAUGAUGGCAAGCAGCGUCGAUAUGUUGAUAUGCCCAUCACGGAUGUUCUUCAGAUGAUGGGCAGAGCUGGUCGACCACAGCAUGAUGACCAGGGAGUUGCAGUUGUACUGGUACAUGACAUCAAAAAGAACUUCUACAAAAAGUUCUUGUAUGAACCAUUCCCUGUGGAGUCAUCUCUCCUUGCUGUUCUUCCUGAUCAUCUUAAUGCUGAAAUUGUAGCAGGAACAAUUCGUUCACGGCAAGAUGCUUUGGAUUACCUGACCUGGACCUAUUUCUUCCGUAGACUUUUACAGAAUCCAUCAUACUACAAUCUUGAAUCUUUAGAGCCCCAGGAUGUUAAUCACUAUCUGUCUUUAUUGAUAGAAAAUGCAUUUAGGGACUUGGGCACUGCUGGUUGUAUUAAGAUGGAUUAUGAUGAUGAAAGAAGUGUCUUGACUACUUCAUUUGGCCGAAUAGCAUCUUUCUACUAUCUCUCUCAUCAAACAAUGAUGCACUUCAGUAGUGCUCUCAGAGCUGACUUAUCUGAUGAGGAGGUUCUCAAGGCUUUAUGUGAUGUGCAUGAGUACUAUGAGCUUCCCGUCCGACACAAUGAAGACUUAAUGAAUGCCGAGCUUGCCAAAGAUUGUCCUAUUGCUGUUGAUGCCCUUAACAUGGACUCUCCUCAUGUCAAGGCAUGUCUUCUCCUCCAAGCACAUUUCAGUCAUUUGCCGCUGCCUUGCGCUGAUUAUCUAACUGACUUAAAGUCUGUGCUGGAUCAAGCCAUUCGUAUCUUACAAGCCAUGAUUGAUGUGUGUGCCGAAAGCGCGUGGCUGUCAACUACUUUGCGUGCCCAGCAGCUCCUGCAGCAGAUUGUUCAAGGGGCAUGGGUCCACAAAUCUCCGUUUCUUACCUUACCUUUCAUCGAGCAGCAGCACAUGUAUCUUUUCGCUAAACUAGAUGAUCCUUCCCUCGCUACGCUGCCUGGUUUGCGCGAAGCAUGCUUCAACAACUAUGAGAGGCUUGCUACAAUCCUCCGAGGAGAUUUUGAUGAUGGAGAAAUCGAACAGAUACACCGAGUUCUAUGUGAAAUGCCUGCAUUCAAUCUUCAGCUGAGUAUCAGAGGCUGGUGGGAUGGUAGGAAUCAAGAUGAAGAGGCAGAAAGGAAGAUAAAAAUACCAGCUGACCGGGAAAAUUGGAUUGAAGUGCAUUCUGAGCAAGAGUACACACUUGUCGUUAAUCUGCAUAGACUGAAUCAUUCUAGAGAAUUAAAAGCACAUGCUCCUCGUUUCUCUCGGUCUAAAGAUGAAGGAUGGUUUUUGACUCUGGGUUCUGUUGAUGAUGGAGAAUUACUGGCUCUGAAGCGAGUUACUGGGGUCCGGGGGAGGUCAACCCAGCAGUUGUCAUUCUACACUCCUCCAAAGCUUGGAAGAAUCAUUCUUACCCUGUACCUUAUGUCUGAUUCAUAUUUGGGAUUAGAUCAGCAGUAUGACAUCUAUUUAGAAGUAAUACCUGCUAAUUUCAAGUGCCAGAUCAACUCUGAUCUUGCUGGACUUUCAAUUGAAUCCUUGAAUGACGAGGAGUGCCAAGAAGCAGUGAACAGUAUCAAAGAAGAUGUAUCAGAAAAAUGGUAAUCUAGUGGAUCUUAAACAGGGUUCUGCUUUAAAGAAGACUUGGAGUUGGUCACAAAAUAUGAGGAGCUGUACGGAACCUUAUAUCAUGAUUUAUGUUAUCUGUAAACCUUUCCGUCUGUGAUAAAGAAAACCAUGUGAUGUGAUGUGGUGCUGGAAUGAAGGAUUUUGUUCAAUUUUUCUUUUUGUGUAGUACUUGGAGAAGAGGAAGAAAGUGUUUCAGAAAUUGUUUCCUUCUAAACACUUUAAAUGAACCACUGUUUCUACUGUUCCCAUCUUGUGCCCAUUUACUACUUUUCUUCCUAAAAACCUAAGGUUUAUUCUUCUGUUCUGUCAAACCUGUGUCUGAAUUUAUUGAUUAAAUUACCUGAGUUGGGCCA